UCCCCCUCCUCUCCGCGGGUCUUUGACGGAUUUUCCUCCACCCAUUCUCUCCCUGUUCUUCUCCACCCACCAGCCUCGAUCUCUCCGAAUUCGCUCGCCCCUACCACCAUCUCUCCGCCUCGCCUUCUCGUUUUCUCUCCGGCGAUUGCUUUUGCCUGCGUUUCUUGGUUUGAUUCUUCACCUCUCCUGUUCGGAGAGGAUCGGGGAAACAAGUUUUCAUCUUUCCAGGCUUCCUGUUGAGAAACUUGGGAUCGGUUCCUGGUCACAUAUGAUUUGCUGGAAAGAGGUGAACAGCAGCUGAUAUGUUCUUGCUGCUGAUCAAUCUUUAAGAAGGACAUCCCUUUACCCUUUCGAUAAUGCAAGGGCAGAGGAAUUCUGUCGAACAGUUAUCUGAACUCUUCGGAUUUGAUCAUGGGUCUACUUCAGGCAACCCUGCCAUGGAUCAACAGGCAUACUGGAACAGCAUGCUUGGAUCAGUAGAAUCGCAGAAUAUUCAAGGCUAUGAAGAGAACCGCAGUGACGCAACCAUUCCAUUCGGAAGUGAGGCGCAUCAAGAUGGUCAAUUUCUAGGUUUCUGGGAGUCAGGUGAAGCUAGCUCAAGUGCCAACUCACUGAACUAUGGGACUUCUAGCGUGCUCAAGGCAGAGCAUCUGAAUAUUGGUGGUGGCUUGAGGAUCGGUGAAAGGCGCAUGGUUGCUGAACGUAACCUUUCUCUCGAUAAUGUGGAUAUAAACCUGAAUGCCAGUGGACAUGAUCUAUUUGGUCAGGGUUCAAAUGCGAACGGUGCCUCUCAAGGAUCAGAACAGUAUGCUGGGUGUUCUCGCGAUGUUACGAGCUCUCAGGCCACGGACCUAAGAUUGCAUCCAUACAGAGGUUUCUUAUCAGAGGAUGAGCAGCCAGAGUCGUUCCCUUCGUUGAAUGCUUCCUUGGGUAAUUUUCCACUAAUGCCAGAGGACAUUGAUCAAAGAUCAGGCAGUUCUCUGGAUGGCCGUCGUUUAGCGUGCAAGAGGAAAACCAUUGAGGGAGCCCAUGGGAUAUUUUCAGCAGGUGCUAGCACUAGUUUUUCCCACAGAAAUGAUAAUGUCUUCCAUAACAUUCCUUCAACAAGUUUCAGUCCUGCUCCUACCAUGAAUGUGCCCUCUCAUAAUUUUUUGCUACCUCCAAGUUCUAUCGAGGAACAACUCCCCCACUAUGGAGCAACUGCAGGACUGCCAUCUAGUAGCUACAAUCAUCCUAGUGGAGGCAAUUAUAAUUCUGGAAACUCACAAAGAAGUUUCCGGGUAAGAACUACCACCGCUCAGCAGGUUAACCCAUACGGCGUAUGGCCUUCUUCAAGUACCAUCAGUCAUUCCAGUUCAUGGAACCACCAGGCGCCUGCCCUUCAGAGCGCAUUUGAUGAAAUGCAAGAGGGUAUUCCCAUGGUCAGUGGAAUCAACUUGCAAUACCAACAUCCUGCAAAUGUAGUUCCUGGCAUUCCACAAAUAGCACACCGUUUUGCUGGCCAUGGAGCUUCAUCAUCUAGAGCGGGCAGUUUGGAUAACAGAAUUCUUGGUAGUGAGGACGUUACUGGGAGGAGUGUUGCAGCUCCCAACUUCUCUAAUGCAGCGCCUCUUGCUGGAGUAGACUUGAGACCGUUGGUUCCAGAACCAUCUACCUGGAAUUCUGAUCUUCGUGGCACUGCCAUCCCUGGAAAUGUUUCUUCUGUAUCUAGAGCUAAUCCUAGUUCAAUAGUUAAUCGACCAGCAGGCUCACCAUCUGUCGCUCAUCCAACCCUGCAUAGACGGCAUCCUAGAAAUUUAUCAGAGGAGAUAGGUCGUCUAUCUGGAGCCCUUCGUGGUCAGCAGCAACCACGCUUAAGGUCGGGGUUUCUAUUGGAACGUCAGGGUGAUGGUGUUUGGGGUGUUCCAUUACCAAUGAGGAGUAGUAGGGAAGGAAGAAGGUUAAUAGAGAUACGGAAUGCACUAGAAAUGAUUCAAAGAGGGGAAAAUGUCAGAUUUGAGCAGUCUAUUUUCUAUGGCGGUGUCGACAUUCAUGAUAGACACAGGGAUAUGCGUCUUGACAUAGACAAUAUGUCUUAUGAGGAGCUAUUAGCACUGGAGGAAAGAAUAGGAAAUGUUAGCACUGGCAUCAGCGAGGACGAUGUGAUGAAGCUCCUGAAGCAAAGAAAGUUCUCGUCCUGGAGAUUAGCAUCAAUGGAAUAUGAGCCAUGUUGUAUUUGUCAGGAAGAGUACGUCGACGGAGAUGAUCUCGGGACGCUUCACUGUGGGCAUGACUUCCAUGCGGGCUGCAUCAGGCAGUGGCUGGUGGUGAAGAACCUGUGUCCGAUUUGCAAGAACACCGCCUUGAAAACCUAAGACAGCAGAGAGCAGCAAGGCUCGUCCGAUCGCAAGAUCAUUUAUUCACCGAUUCAUAUCAUUGCGUUUUUGGCCAGAAGGUUUUUGCGUUCACCUACAGUUACCAAAAUUGGUCAUGGUUGGAAAACAAAACAAAAAAGAGUUCGAAACUGGUACUACCUGUAAGCUGCUGGUUGCGGCAAAUAAUCCCCGGGAUCUGUCUCUCUGCAUUUGACCAAAUAUUCAUGCGUAUGGCUGGUAUAAUUGAUGCUAGUUUAAAGAAGGCAUUGCAGAUAAUC